AUGUCCGCCCCCGAACCCACCACCACCAACCUCCCACCCCGCAAGCGCCUGCACGCUGCUACCGCCGCGCCGCUCCCAACCUGGCACGCCGCCCGCACCACCGACCACGCCGGGCAGCCCGCCCACGCCGUGUGGUUCGGCAGCUCAUCGUCAUCACCACCACCAACCGCGACAUCCUUCCAAAUCUACACCACCAGCGCGGCGCCGCCUACCACCACCGACCCGGCAGGCGCCGCUCUGUCCGCCGUACGCCUCCUCCUCGGCGGUAGCGGGCCCGAUGAGCUGCCCGCACUGCGCACUGCGCGCAGGAUCGACGUGUACGCAGGCAUGCCAGACGUGCUGGCGUGCGUCGAGCAUCAGCGGCGCGAGAUCCGGGCGCGGAGCGGCGGGGGCGCGGCCAGCAUUCCUGGGUUCGCGGCGUCGGCGUAUGAGAAGCCGAGGGGGUUGGCGGUGUUGUUGGCGGUGCGGGCAGAGGAGGAUGGGCCGGUUUUCGUGUGGUUUGAGCGGCGAGGUGGGGCCGGUAGGAGGGUACGUGUGCCUGGGGAUUUGGAGGUUGAGGAGGGUGGGGAGUUGGCGUUGGAGAGGGUGGAGGUGGAGGCUGUUAGGAUAAGGGUGUGGGACGCGGUUGAGGGGGAGAUGAGGAGGGUGAGGGUUGAGGACGUGGAUGAGGGAGAUGUGAAUUCUGAAGAUGAUGAGAGUGCGGCGAAGGCGGGAGAAGACGAGGGUGAAGGUGGAAAAAAGGGAGGUGCAGCAACUCGUCCACAGCACCACCUCAACAUAUCUUCAGAGGUUGACACCGCUGGAGACACCUAUAUCAUCAUGGACAACAUCCCAACAGAAGCCGUCUCUCACAAUAAUAUUCACCUAAGCUACAUCGUCUACGAUCUCAGCGGCAGCGAAGACCUCACCGCCGUCGCCCAUUCCUUCACCGCCUCUCUCCUGUACCACCUCCCCUCCACUACCAUUGUUCGCAUCGAAUUUCAUCAGGCUCCGACCCUGGCCGCCAGCAUCGAGCGCUGCCACCUUGAGCUGCGCGCACGCCCAGACCUUUGCAUCGGCUACCUCGACAACCAAUCCGCCCUGCACUCCCGCAUCUUUCCUUCCAGCCCCAGAAUCGAGGCCGCUAUCGACAAGCAUCGUGCCCACACCCUCGGCCACGGCGUCCAGAUGUCAGGGCUUAGUGUGUUUGUGGUAGCGCUGGAAAACAAGAAUGAAGACGGCGUGCUGUUGGUGAGAGCAAACCCGGAUCUUGGUGCAUUAAAGCAGCUGAUGGGGAGAAAUCCUGAUGAUGAAACCGUGACCGUAGCGAAGGCGGUUGAAUUGUUGGUGGGGAGGCCGCCGGGCAUGGCGGCCGUGGCGGCGAGGUUGGCGGGGAAUCUAUAA